ACUAAGCAGAUUUUUAUGCAAUUAGUUGCUUGCAUUUCCCUGAAUUUUCUGGAGAACAGUCUGUCUAAAUUUCUGUUUCUUUCAUUCUUUAGAUUGCCAUGCAAAUUUGGCUUCCUUGCCUUUUGGAUCUGGAAUUUUGCCAUUUAUGAAACAAGUUAUGCAGCAUUGGGUUCUCGACAUUGUUCAUUAACUUCUGAAUGGUUUUGCUGUUUACCUGCUUUUGUUCAGCCUGGUUUUGGAUACCAGCAGCAACUUGUUCCUGGGAUGAGGCCUGGUGGUGCUCCCAUGGCAAAUUUCUUUGUUCCAAUGGUUCAGCAAGGUCAGCAGGGUCAACGGCCAGGGGGUAGACGUGCAGGGGCAGGACCAGUGCAACAAAACCAACAGCCAGUGCCUCCAAUGCAACAGCAGAUGCUUCCAAGGGGAGGACGCAUGUAUCGGUACCCACCAGGACGUAACAUGCCUGACAUGCCCAUGCCUGGGGUUCCUGGUGGCAUGCUUUCUAUGCCAUAUGACAUGGGCGGCAUGCCAUUGAGAGAUGCUGCAAUACCACAGCCUAUUCCUAUUAGUGCUUUGGCUUCUGCCCUGGCAAAUGCAACACCUGAACAACAGAGGACGAUGCUGGGGGAAAGUCUGUACCCGCUAGUUGAUCAGCUUGAGCAUGAAAUGGCGGCUAAAGUGACAGGAAUGCUGCUGGAGAUGGACCAGACAGAGGUCUUGCAUUUGCUCGAGUCACCAGACGCUUUGAAAGCGAAGGUUGCGGAGGCCAUGGAGGUUCUGAGGAAUGUUCAGCAGCAGGCAAGCAGUCCAACUGACCAACUGGCCUCAUUGUCGCUUGGUGACAACCUUGUUCCUUGAAUGAGUGUUUGACAUACAGUUUGAUUACUGGUGCUGGAUUUUAAAUAAACUAUUUCUAGGGUGUUUAUGAUACACUGUUGAUUUACUUUGAUCUGGAGAUAACUGGAUUUGUGUUUUGCUACAAUUUCAUUUGGGGAAUUCGUUACCUAAUCUUCUUCAUAA